AUGAUCCACACAAGGUUGUCUAGAACAUCCAGCCCUACUUAUACCAUUUACUUGGCAUUAUCAACUCCCUUCAACAGAGGAAUAGAUAAUCUCGUCAGAGUUGAGUUUGAACUAUAUCCAGAGGAACUUCAGAGAGGGUCUGAAUCUUCUCCUCCUAACACCUCUUUUUCAGAGAAGAGUUCUUUCAGAAAGAAAACUGAAAACCCUUACUUUACAGUGAGAAUACCAAACACUGAACUUGCAGAAAUCAGAUGUCCUUCUCCAUGUCCAGACCCCUUCGCUGUGAAAUCAAUUCUGAUUUACUCUGAUGAAAGAAGAAAGUUGCAAAGAUGAGGCAGUGGAGCAAGAUAUUCACCGGAAGAAUGAGACGACGGCAAUCUUGAUAAUGGCGAUGGAUGAAGUAGCACUUGCGAAGUAGAGUCAGGGUAUGUAUGAACAGGAGGCUCUACUAGUUCCAGAGAUUAUUGAACGCGGAUAUGUGGCAAUGGUAGGAGAAAUUCUGGCGAAACAUGAGAUGAUGGAGAUAAAUACAGUGGAGAUGGGUGAAGUAGCUCAUGAACAGUAGAAACUGGAUACUCCUGCUCUGGAGGAUCGUCCUCUUCAGCUGAUACAUGAGCUCCAAUUUGUGGGGAUGGAAGAAGAGUUGGUUCAGAGCAGUGUGAUGAUGGAGACCUAUCCAAUGGAAAUGGAUGCUCUAGCACUUGAACAAGAGAAACAGGUUACACUUGAUCAGGAGGUUCAUCUUCUAAUAGUGACACUUGAACUUCAAUCUGUGGGGAUGGAAGAAGAGUUGGUUCAGAGCAAUGAGAUGACGGAGACUCGAGCAGUGGAAAUGGGUGAAGUUCAUCUUGUACAAUUGAAGCAGGAUUCUUAUGCAGUGGAGGCACUCCAACUUCUCUUGAUACAUGUAGUGAGGUAUGUGGGGAUGGCAAGAAAGUAGGCACAGAAGCUUGAGAUGAUGGAGAUUUGAUUGAUGGAAAUGGAUGCUCAAGCACUUGAACUAUAGAAACAGGCUACAGCUGCACUGGAGGAUCAAGUUCUGGAGCUGACACAUGAAACCCAAUCUGCGGAGAUGGGCUCAGAAUAGGGGUCGAACAAUGAGAUGAUAGUGGAACUGGCAAUAAUGAUGGUUGAGAUUCAUCUUGAAACGUUGAAACUGGAUACAGUUGCACUGGAGGAACUCCAACUUCAGCUGACACUUGCAAUGAAGUAUGUGGGGAUGGAAAGAGAGUAGGAACAGAGGCUUGAGAUGAUGGCGACCUUAAUGAUGGAAAUGGGUGUUCGAGCUCUUGUAUGAUUGAGACAGGCUACAGCUGCACAGGAGGAUCUGUGUCUCAAACUGAUAUAUGAACUCCCAUCUGCGGUGAUGGACUUAGAGUCGGAGCUGAGAAUUGAGACGACAGCGACACGAAUAAUAAUGACGGUUGAGACUCUACUUGUACCAUUGAGACUGGAUAUAGUUGUACUGGUGGAACUCCAGCUUCAGCAGAUACCUGUAGCGAGAUUUGCGGAGAUGGCAAGAAGGUAGGAACAGAAGCAUGUGACGAUGGAGAUCUGAAUAGCAAUGAUGGAUGCUCAAGUUCAUGAACAAUCGAAGUAGGAUAUGCUUGCACUGGAGGAUCAGUUUUGCAGGCUGAUACUUGAAAUCCUAUCUGAGGUGAUGGACUCAAGAUCGGAUCUGAACAGUGAGACGAUAAUGAUAUCAAUAAUGGCAAUGGAUGCAGUUCUUCAUGAGUCGUUGAGAUCGGUUAUGGCUGAGUAGGAGGAACCCCAACAUCUUCUGAUACUUGAUCUGAAAUUUGAGGAGAUGGAAAAAAAAUUGGAAACGAAGUUUGAGAUGAUGGCGAUUUGAAUAAUGGAAAUGGAUGCUCAAGCACAUGCAUUAUUGAAGCUGGGUAUAGUUGUACAGGAGGAUCAAUUUCUCAAACUGAUACUUGAACUCCUAUAUGAGGAGAUGGGCUUCGAAUUGGAAAUGAGCAAUGAGAUGAUAGUGGAACUAACAAUAAUGAUGGUUGAGAUUCAUCUUGAAAUGUUGAAACAGGAUAUAGUUGCACUGGGGGGACUCCAACUUCGGCUGACACUUGUUCAGAAAUCUGAGGCGAUGGAAAGAAAGUUGGAAACGAAGUUUGAGAUGAUGGUGAUCUGAAUAGCAAUGAUGGAUGCUCUAGUACUUGUACCAUCGAAACAGGAUAUACUUGCACUGGAGGAUCUGUGUCUCAAGCUGAUAUAUGAACUCCCAUUUGUGGUGAUGGGCUUAGAAUGGGAUCAGAACAAUGAGAUGAUAAUGACAUCAAUAAUGGCAAUGGAUGCAGUUCAUCUUGAAUAGUUGAGAUUGGGUAUAAUUGAAGUGGAGGAUCCCCCAUAUCUCAAGAUACCUGAUUAGUUGUUUGAGGAGAUGGCAUCAAGCUACCCAUUGAAGUAUGUGAUGAUGGCAACACCAAUUCAAAUGAUGGCUGAGACUCCACCUGCUCCUUCAUUGAAGAUGAUUACACUUGAGCUGGAGGUUCUUUGACAUCCUCUGACAUUUGAGAAGUCAUCUGUGGAAACGGAAUGCUACUCUCUGAUACCGACCCAGUCAAGUUUUGAGAUGACGGAAACAUAAACAGCGGAGACGGUUGUAGUGACAACUGCGAAGUUGAGUCUGGUUGGGUGUGUACUGGAGGAAACAUGAGCACUUCUUCAACAUGCAAUCUGUGAGAACUGGAGUUCUGCACUAAAUAUGAGGAUCAAGAUCAUACAAAAUGUGCAGAAUGAGACAAAGGAUAUAAACUUGAUGCAAAUAUGCUUUGAAUCAAAUCAUCAGAAGUGGUAAUGUCAGCAUCUGCUCAAGCAACCGCUUCUUCUUCAAAGAUGGCUGCAGGUGCUGGAGGUUUUGCAGCAGUUAUCUCAUCGGUGCUUCAAUUCAGCUCCCCAAUAGGCAUAUGGUCAAUGGUGCAUCAACUCCAGAUCAUGAGCUUGAUCACAUUAACCAAAGUCUAUAUACCGGAUGACCCAAAAGGAAUGCUUCUUGGUAAAGGCGCUUGAUUCCCAUUUUCUAUCUCAUCGAUUAGUACAUAUAAGUUACCAGGAAUCAAUGUGUUUUCUGAAUCAAUAAAUUUUGAUCAAAGCAGUAUAGAGCUGGAAGCUGUAGGACUAGAUUCAGGUAGCUCAAUAAUCAACAAUCUCACAUUGAUGAUAACACUAUUAAUCUUUAUGAUUAUCCAUCCUUUUAUCUUCCUGAUUCCCAAAUGUAAACCAGACAAUGAUGAUCAAAAAUGAAGGCUAAGAAUCAAUAAAUUUGUGAUGUGGCUUCGCGAAUUCUUCACUUUUUCAAUUUAUAUCAGAACUAUUUUUGAGACAUAUCAGUACAUCCUCCUUGCAAGCUUUGCUACAUUUAUGAAAGGAGAGAUAAAUUCAACAAUCUCUAAAAUAUCUCUCUGCUUUUCAAUUAUAGCAGUAUUCCUUGCUUGCUGAUUCCUUCAACUUUCUCUAUAUGUAAGCUAUAUCUCUAUAAGCCCUGAUUUCAGUGACCCCAGAAAAGCAAAAGAGUUCUUAGUGGGGAUUCGCAAUCAUAACUUAUGCAAGAUGUAUUCCUUCUUUGCUUUACUGAGAAGAAGUCUGUUCUGUGGCUGGCUGAUAUUUUUCGUAUUUUUGGGACCUCAAGCCUUGAUAUUAGUGUUUACUUUAAUCCACUUGCCAUACCUAGCCUUUAUUCUGAUUUUCCGGCCUUUUAAAGAGCCAUCUAAUAACAUUUUCGAAUGUGUGAAUGAAAUUUUCCUUACCACACUUGCGGUAUGGCUAUGCUUUAUUAACAAAGAAUCAGAUUGGAACACUACUCUUUCAAAAGUGAUGGUAAACAUAAUCUUCGGCAACAUAAUUUGUCUGUCUAUCCUAGCUACUAGUAAGCCCUGGCUGAUAAAUGUAGUUGCCUGAAUUGUUACAGUUUCUAAGUUGCUAAAAAGAAAGUGCUAUUCCAAGAAGACAACCCCAAAGAACAAUCAAAGGCCAGUUCAGAUGCAGAUGAAAGCUCAUGUCUCACAAGAAGGCCCUUCCCAUAACGGCUCUUCUUCCCAUAGCGGAAUGUCACAUCAUAAUUUAGGUGAUUUCGAAAAUCAUGGCACUCAUGAAAACAAGCACAAGUUUUUCAAAGGAGUGAAGAGAAUAAUUGAUUUUAAUGACUAA